AUGUCGGGAAGAGGUAAAGGAAAAGGCGGGAAGCGUAAAAGUUCGAGGAGUAGGUCUGGCCGAGCUGGGCUUCAAUUCCCGGUAGGCCGUGUACAUCGUUUCCUUCGAAAAGGAAGUUAUGCCAAACGUAUCGGUGCUGGAGCCCCUGUUUAUCUUGCAGCGGUUCUCGAGUAUCUGACGGCCGAAAUUUUGGAGUUGGCUGGAAACGCAGCAAGAGACAACAAGAAGGCGAGAAUAAUUCCACGUCAUCUUCAGCUAGCAAUCCGUAACGACGACGAGCUGAACAGAUUACUUGGAGGGGUCACAAUUGCACAAGGAGGCGUACUUCCCAACAUCCAAGCUGUGCUUUUGCCGAAGAAGAAGAAUAAAUAG